AUGUUUGGUGGUUCCCUCUUCCAUCGAUCGCACUUGGUGUGGCCUGGCCUGGCCUGGCCGGGUCUGGGCUGGACUGACCCGGCCCGCGGCCGCCCUGGCCAUGCCGCGAUGGCCUUUGGUUGGGUCACAACAAAACACGAUUUUCUGGCCAACCGACAAGACCUGGGCCCGGAAUCAACAAGACGGCCAGCCGGUGGAGGCCAGGUCGAAUUGGUCGGCUGCACAGCGUAA